CGUCAGAGCAAGCGACCGUGUACACAGUGGUAAUGGAGUCAGAUGGUAGCGGUGAAAUGCAAUGGCAAACAGUCGAACAGAGAAAGUGUGGCGGGGAAAACCUGUAUUACAAAAUGUACUGCGUCAAAAUGCAGCAGUUUCCAGCAGACGUUCACAGAUUUUGUGACCCUCAGUUACAACAUGGGCGAAGGAAAGAGCUGGUUCAGCUGCUGAGGGAUAUUGAUGAAUUGAGUUGCCAAAAGCUGCAAAUAUUGUUUUCUUUUUCUGUUCCGAAUCUGGAAGCAAUGAGCUUUAUUUCAGAUUUAAAGCAACCUGUGGUUUCAGCUGGUGCUGGAACAGGAUACUGGGAGUUUCUACUUCAGAGCCAUGGAGUAGAUCUGAUAUCAUUUGAUACAAAUAUUGUUUAUCCGCCAGAAAUGCAAUAUUCAGAGAUUUUGACCAGUGGCCCUGAAAUCCUGGAGCAGUUUCCUGACAGAGCGCUUUUUCUGGCCUGGCCAGACAUAGAUGCAGUUGCCACAAUGUCUCACAGUGGAACACAGGGUAGCAUUGGAAGCCAUUCUGCUUCAAGUCUUCGCAAUAACAGGAUUAUCAUCUAUGAGUAUGAAAGCUUCCAAGGUCGCAGAAUGGAAAUCAAUACAGAAUGCAGGAACAUUUGUGAUCGGGGAUUCGAUAAAGUGGGGUCCAUCCGUGUUGAAUGUGGACCGUGGGUGGGUUAUGAACAGCAGAACUUCUGUGGUGAGAUGUUCAUGCUGGAGAAGGGAGAAUAUCCUCGUUGGGAUUCCUGGUCCAAUAGCUAUCGCACUGACUGUAUGAUGUCUUUCAGACCUGUCAAAAUGGAUGGCCAGGACCACAAAAUAUGUCUUCAUGAAUGUGCCAACUUUGAUGGAAGAAAAAUGGAGAUCUGUGAUGAGGACAUUCCCAGCCUGUGGGCCUAUGGUUUCCAGGACAGAGUUGCCAGUAUUAAAGUCAUUGGUGGAACAUGGGUUGGCUAUGAAUAUCCAGGCUACAGAGGAUAUCAGUAUGUGCUAGAGUGUGGAACAUACAAGCACUGGAAUGAAUGGGGUGCUCAACAACCUUUGAUUCAGUCCAUGCGCCGUGUGAAGGACCAGCAAUGGUACAAAAGGGGCUGCUUUGAGUUUAUAAACUAAAAUAAAUCAUGCUUUUAGACAGCCACGGGAAUAAUUUUAUUGUUUUCAUAUCAGGCCCACAGAAAUUGAAAAUCACCUUUCCAGCAAGAAGUAUUGUUAUAUAUCAUUUCCCAUUUUUAAAUUAUCAUGUCAUUUUAAAGUCCAUGACAUUAUCUUCUUUUGCUGGCUAAUUUCAAUUAUUCUUGAAUCAUUAAGUAAUAAUGACUUCUAGUUUUAGUCCAGCGUAUGUUUCUCAGCUCUCCCUUCAGAGUGCAUUCUGAAUAAUUUUUUUUUUGUGGCCCUGAAUAUGAUCUUGGGAAAACGGGGAAUGGAUGACCUGCAGUGUGGAAAACUCUCCGCUGUGUCUUACUCAGGGAUGCAGACACCUUUGACAAACCUCACAUGCACACCACAGCAUUCAGUUUUUGUCUCUUUUUUUCAUUUCCAUUACUUUCAAUAUUUGUAACUCAUGUCAUUCCUUUUACCAAUAAAAGUAAUCUCUGCUGUCUUACAGAGAUAAUAAAAUUGUAACUUCAA